GAAAGGCCAGGGGAUGCCAGAGGGGGUUUGUCCCUCUCCUGAGGGCCUGGAGCAGCAGGAGGGGCCGGGGGGUGCCAGCCAGUCCCUGUUAUCCCGGUUUGUCCCUGUCCCUGGUGCCUGAAAGGGUCUCUCCCCGCAGGACAGAGGCGGUGGAGAAGGCGUCCAUGCUGAGGACAAGAGCCAUGAGGGAGAAGGAGGAGCAGAGGGAGAUGAGGAAGUACAACUACACCCUGCUCCGGGUGCGCUUUCCCGACGGAUACAUCCUCCAAGGGACUUUUUAUGCCCGGGAAGCAGUGUCUGUGCUCUACAGCUUUGUGAGGGAAGCACUCAGAGAUGACUGGCUGCCCUUUGAGCUCCUGGGACCUGGAGGGGUCAAACUGACUGAUGAGAACUUGGCCUUCAAUGAGUGUGGGCUGGUGCCCUCGGCCCUCCUGAGCCUGUGCUGGGACGCAGCAGUCAUGGCAGACAUCGAGGCCGCGGCAGAGGAGCAGCCCCGGAGCCCCCUGAGGCCGGAGCUCCUGGCCAGGGUGCAGACCCUCCCCUGAAAUAAAGGGCAGUGGGGUCAGUGCUGCUGGUUUUAGCCUCUUCCCUCCCUUUCCCACCAGCUGGGUGAGCUCAGGGGGGGCUGUGGGGGGGCUGUGCAGAGGGGCAGCCCCGGCUCUGUCCCUCCCUCGGGGGGUCUCACCCAGCGAGGCACUUCCUGCACUGCUCCCAGGGGUGUCAGCACCACGUUCCAGGAGGGUGUUCCCGAGGCAGUGGGGGAGCAGGGAUUAGUGCUGCUAGGCUGGAUCACCCCCCUGAGCCCGGGGCUGGGGCUGGCUUUAGGACUCAGCUUCCCCUCUGGCUUCCGCGUGCACUGUAACUCCUGCGGGAGAGAGCACGUUGGGGGAAGGUGACACUUAGUCUGAUUAAAUGGAAUUAUUUAAAGACUCA